AUGCCUUCACAAUUUCUGGACGAGGUGAGGGAAGUCAUCCAAGAAUUCUUCAAGCUGCCAGGGGAAGAGAAGAGCAAGUACUCUCGGGCCGCCGGCGAGUCUGAAGGCUAUGGACAGGACAAAGUCGUCUCGGAGAAGCAGGUUCUCGACUGGUGUGACCGGUUAUCCCUCAGGAUCUAUCCGGAAGAUCAGAGGAAACCAAAGCUCUGGCCGGAAAAACCAGAAGAUUUUAGAGAGAAAAUUGUGGAAUUCGCAGCAAAUAUCAAGUCUGUAAUGGUUAUUAUAUUCAAAGCCAUGGCAAGGUCACUGAAAUUGGAGGUGGAUAGCUUCUCAAAGCAGUUUGGGGAAAGAGCAAUCAUGCAAGGAAGGUUUAUCCUCUACCCACCAUGUCCAACACCGGACCAAGUAUUUGGGCUUAAAGCUCAUUCGGACAGAUCAGGGAUGACCAUUCUGUUGCAAGACAGGCAAGUUCAAGGCCUGCAAGUUCUGAAAGAUGAUAAAUGGCUCACUGUCCCCAUAAUUCCUUAUGCCCUUUUCGUCAACCUUGGUGAUCAAAUGCAGAUAAUGAGUAAUGGAAUAUUCAAGAGCCCAAUGCACAGAGUGGUGACAAACCCUAAAAGGGGGAAGAUAACAGUUGCUAUUUUCAAUGAGCCAGAGCCAGAAAAUGAGAUUGGACCUGUUGAAAGUUUGGUGGAUGAGAAAAGACCAAGAUUAUACAAAUCAGUCAAGAAUUAUGCUAAUUUUAAUUAUGAAUGCUUCCAAAAAGGCCUGGUAGCUCUUGAUGCGCCAAAAUUUAAUCACUGAAAUACUGUAAGUUAUGGUUACUUGGGUGCAUGUCAAAAAUAAAAAAUGCAAUUAUACAAUGUUAUCUAUUCUCAACUAUAAGAGCUACGCAUAUAUAUGUUAAAAAAAAAGAUUAGUUGAGUUUUGA